ACAAAACAACAUAGAAUCAACCAAAAAGUCUCCACCAAAAGAAAAAAACCAAAGCCCAAGCAAGCAUGCAGGCGAUCGAUUCGAUUCUCAAAUCUCAGCAACCCAUAGAUCUUGGAACUAGUUUCGUGUCGAAACCUUUGAGAUCUCAUCUCAAACCUCAAAUCAAACAGACCCCAUUUGUUCCUUUCUAAACCAAAAACUCCCAAAACCUUAAACAAAAAAGUAAAAACCAUGUUGCUCCAAUUCCUCCAAACUUACAAGAACCCAAUCCUCCACACCACUCUCUCUCUCUCCCUCACUUUCCUAUUUCUUUUCUUCAAAAUCCCAUCUUUUUUCCUCUAUGGCCUCCACACCUAUAUCCAACCCGACAACACCAGUCAAAAUGGUGCCCGCGCCGCCAUUAGAAGACCCGAUUCCUCAGAACCCAACAGCAGCAGCAACAACAACAACGUUAGUAGUGAACUCAGGAAGAGGGUCAAGUCAAAGUCCAAGGACAAGGACAAGUUUGAGUUCGAUGAAAACAAUGCCCAGAUCUUCAGGCUAAAGCUCGACAACAAUCACGUUCAAUCCCGCCUCUAUUUCGAUGAGUAUAACACUGCUUUCACUCUCUCAUUCGUUUUUCUAUCUUGUUUAUUGCUUCAAUUUUACUUUGGUGAGAGUUCUUCUGGGGUUUUGGAAAAUGGGGUUUUUGUUCCUGUGCUGUUGGGAUUAAUGGGUGUUUUAACGUUGUUUAUUUCGCUUGCUAAGGCUUCGUUUGAGAAAUCUGCGUCUAGGAGGUCUGAGAAGCAACUGAGUGUGCUUGUUGGGGCUGUGGGGUUUUUGGUAGGGCUUGUGAUUUGCUUUGAGAUUGUUCCAUUGUUUUUGGAUUUCAAUUUUGGAUUGAUUGGCGGGUUUGAGAGGUUUAUUGUUGCUGUUUUAAUGGGCUGCCUUUCGGGUUUUCUGUUUAUGCCGGGGUUGAAAAAUGCAAGGGCGUUUUGGAUUGGAACUGAUCAGCUUCGAAGCAAUUUGCCAAUGAUUUAUUGUGGAUGGUUUGCUAGAAUGAUUCUUUAUGCCAAUAGUAUGUUGAUUAUGUUCACUGCAUUGCUUUGGAUUAAUCCGUUUUCUGAAAUUCUUGUUAACAAUAACAAUGAUGAUGGUAAAGGAGCCCAUGUGGCUAGUGAAAUUGGGGAUGCUGAGAGGUUGGUUGGAAAUGUGGGUAUGUCCAGUUCGGAUUUUAAUAAGCUUAGGCUUUGGUGCUUGUUGCUUUCGGGUUUAUUGCAAAUCAUGGCUUUACGACCAAACUUGCAAAUGUAUUUGAAUGAGGCAUUGCUAUCUUGGUAUCAACGACUGCAUGCUAGCAAGGUCCCAGAUUUGGAUUUUAGCAGGGCAAAGGUUUUUCUGCAUAACCACUAUAUAUGUCUUGUAGUUGUGCAGCUCUUUGCACCUCCGAUCUUGGUACUUCUCUUUGUUGGCUUAUCUCAGAUUGACAGCAGCUCCUUUCAAAACAUUGAAUCUGUAUGUAGUCUACUGCCUUGUUCUGUUUUUGUUAAGGAGGUAGCUUUGUUUUUGGCUUGGUGGGUUGUCUUUGUUUGGGCUAUUUUCACUUCAGGAAGCCUUGUGUUGUAUCGUCGUGGCAUUUUGUAUGUGUCUUGACGACUUAAGUUUCUUCUCAUUUUGGUUUAUUGUUUUUUUAUUUUUAUUGAAGAGUGUUGUUUUUGUAACGGGUUUCUUCUUUAUGCUUAUGUCCGCAAUUUGGAAGCUACAAAUACUUAUUUUGUAAUUUUAUUCUUCAACUCAUUCGUCCAGCUGAGCAUUUUAUA